AUGAAACACACCAAUUACUACGAUAUAUUAGGCGUCGAGCCAAAUGCCUCAGACAAUGAACUUAAAAAGGCCUACCGCAAGUUAGCCAUGAAAUUUCAUCCAGAUAAAAACCCGGAUCAAAAUGCUGGAGACAAAUUCAAAGAAAUUAGCCAUGUAUACGAUAUUUUAAGUGAUCCUGAAAAACGUGAAGCGUAUGAUGAAUAUGGAGAAGAUGGACUAUCAGGCAGCGGUGGUGGUUUGUCCCCUGAAGAUUUAUUCGCUAGUUUUUUCAGUUUUAGUCCUGGAGGAUUUCCAGGUAAUACAGGUAGAGCAAGACAAAGGCGCGGUGAAGAUAUUAUAAAACCAUUCAACGUGACAUUAGAGGAUUUGUAUAAUGGAAAAACUGCGAAAAUUUCUUUGCAGAAAGACGUCGUUUGUCCUCUUUGUCACGGGUAUUUUCCAAAGGAGGUAAAACGGGGGCCAGGAAAAAAUGUCAUAGUUGUGAUGGAAGAGAAAUUUUUGGAGAUCUUUAUAGAUAAGGGUAUGCAUCAUGGUCAACGAAUUAUUAUGCCAGGAGAAGCUGAUCAAGAGCCAGGCGUGGAAACCGGUGAUGUAAUUCUUAUUCUGGAACAGAAACCUCAUCCUAAUUUUGAACGUCAAGAAAAUGAUUUGAAAACCAAAGUAACAAUCUCCCUAACAGAAGCUCUCUGCGGCUUCUCCAAAGUGCUCUUAAAACACCUGGACAAACGUGGAUUAGUGGUAACUCAACCAGCCGGUGAAGUUAUUAAACCUAAUGAAAUCAAACGUGUAGUGAAUGAAGGCAUGCCGACAUAUAAACGGCCGUUUGACAAAGGGAAUCUUUACAUCGAAUUCAUUGUUGAAUUGCCGAAUUCAAUGUGGACUACUCCCGAUAAUUUGAAGGUCAUCGAGUCUUUAUUGCCUAAACGGCUACCAGAAGAAAAAAGAAAUCCUAAGGAUAUCGUAGAUGAAGUACAAUUAAUAGAGAGUGAUCUCUCUCAGGUAAAAUCUAACAUCUGA